AUGGCCUCUCUCACUCCCGAAGAGAUGGCCGACCCAUCCACCCAGGCCAUCCCCCUCCUCAUCCCCCUGCCCAACGGCACCGUCGAGACCUACCCCAUCCCCAUCCCCCAGAUCGACCUCGUGUACCACAUCUCCAUCACCACCGCCAUCACCUACGCCUGCCAGAUCGGCGCCUCCCUCGCCAUGCUGCUCGUCGUGCUCGGCAUGACCCCGCUCCAGCGCAUCGCCCAGUCCACCACCGCCCGCGUCAACGUCGCCUCCCUCGCGCUCUCGGUCGUCCGCUGCACCCUGCUCGCCGUGUGGUUCCAGUCCUCGUACAUGGAGUUCUACGUCCUCUUCUCCGGCGCCCCGGCCACCCCGGACGCCACGCGCCUAUCGGUCGUCGCAACGCUGUGCGCCGUGCUCCAGACCGCCCUCGUGCAGUGGGCGCUGUGCAUCCAGGCCUGGUCCAUGGUGCAACUGUGGCGGAUGCGCUGGCGCAUGGCCGCCGUCGCCGCGUCGCUCGUCCUCGUGCUGCUGGCGCUGGGCUUCAAGGCCGCGUCCUCGGCGCUGCAGGUCCAGUCCGUCCUGGCGGACGAGGCCGCGCCUCAGACCGGCGCCGUGUGGGUGCGCAAGGCGGACCUCAUCUGCGGCACGGCCAAUGUCGUCUGGUUCUGCGCGCUCUUCGUCGCCAGGCUGGCCUACCACAUGUGGAAGCACCGUAGCAUGCUGCCUUCUGCACGCGGUGCGUCGGCCAUGGAGGUCCUUGUCAUGACGAACGGAGUGUUGAUGAUUGUUCCUGUCAUCUUCGCCGGCCUGCAGUUUGACGAGUCUGUCUGGUUCGAACCCGGUUCACUCGUCCUCACCUCGGUGGUCAUCAUCCUGCCCCUGGGCACCCUCAUCGCUGCCCGCAUCGCCACCAAGACCACCGGCGCCGGAUCGAGCGGAGCAAACAGCGGCUUCGGAUCAUCGGGUAAUACGACGGGCAAGCGCAACCUCCACAGCUCGGCCACCAGCCGCGGCGUCACACUCGUAAGCCACGGCAGCAACACCGCAACCAGGCACCAUGUUAAGAACAAGGCGUCCUGGUCGCACAACUCGACGAAGAGCCUCAACCCGCACGGCGGCGCGGGCGGCACCACCGCGGACGAUGAUCUAGUCUACUCGGGCAGCUCGCCGACCAGCGGCAGCAGCGCAUGGCAUCAGCAUGCUGCUUCUGCUGCAGCUGCGGCAAGGAGCGCACUACCUCGCCGUGGUGAUAGCAUCAUGCUUCGAGAUGUUGACCACGAUGACGACGACGAGGAUCUGGAGAGACAGAUUCGCGGCGGUGCGGGUAUUCGUGUCAAGACGGAGUUUGGAUCUACGGUUGAGUCGCGCCGUUGA